AUGUUGUGCUUACUUGGUCACGCAGCCGGCACCGAUUUAAGAACUUACGAACUUAAAAUCUCCGAGGAAGAGGCAUCUCUUUCGAGGCAUUCCCGUCUGUUUGACUAUACCUCUAUUCCUGCUCCAUGGAGACGCAAAGCCGAGGAGACAGCUAAUCUUCCUGAUUGGUGUCUGGCCGACGUCUUUAUCCGCAUUCGCCAGAUAAUCGGACGCCCACACGACGCUGGUCUACCAGUGACAUCAAUCGAACCUCCUGGAACACGUAUACACUCUAUCAAGCAGCGACAGAAUGAUCGCUUGCGGAGUCAUUUAGUAGCAGGACAACGAGCUAGUAUGCAGUUAUGGCAUGUGGCAAGGACCCAUUAUUCUGAACUAAAUGAACUUCUUCCGUCUCUGCUUUGCUCAAAGGAACGUGUAAUCGCCUCUACUCCUCGGAUCCUCGUACCCUCCACUCGAUUGUUUUCAUCUCCAAGAGCAGAGUAUCCUACUCUCUCAAUUUGGCCUAUGCCUUCACUCAUGUCCUUGUCUUUUUCCUCUGCACUCUUGCCUGUUUCAUCAAAUGGAAGCUAUUUAGAGGCCUCUCUUACAAGAGCCAACUUUAUUCUUUAUCGACAUUCACCUUCUGCUAGAUGGUUAUGCCGUCUUCCACACAUUCACCUGAAUUUGGUAUAUCAGGCGAAUGUAGAUCAUUAUAGAGCCCCGCUGACUCGGCUGAUUCAGGGAUCUGGAAAGUUUGCUGGCCUCGACAACCUUUUACGCCAACUGAUAGGCUGUAAUGACCCUCUAGAUUCAUGUUCAAUUACUUCUCUCUCUAGUUCCACAAUCACUGGUAUCUCUACUAUCGACAAUCAUGCCAUUGAUUCUACAUCCCGGCCUUUUCAUCAUCUCAAUGUUCCUGAAACUCAGUCUCAGUGCCUCAUUGAGCCUUCAGAUUCUGUUCAACUUGGCUUAACCCAUGCGCCUUCCCUUUCCCCACAUCUAAGGUAUCCCUCUCCGCGCCUACCAUCUGCGCCAUGCACUGAGGCUACUGCUCUCCUGCCUCAUUCCUCUUCGCUAUCCUCUACUAAUGAACUUCAUACACCCUCUAUCCUCGUUGUUCCUUCCGUAAAGGCACGUCCGCCUCGCUGCAUUUUUUUCAUCGCUCAUCAGGCUCGUCUUUUGGCUCUUGUUCAUGCAUAUCUUCGAGCCUCACCACGAACUCGCCACUUGCCUAUCUGGCGAUUACCUGCUUUAGCUGCACAUCGAGCCGCCCAACUUGUCGAAAUGAUCAAUGCCUUCCCUUGUCCAUUACCGUAUGCAUCCACGGCCCUUCUAUCCGCAAACUCAUUUUAUUCAGGCACUACCGAUGUAGUUUCCAUGCCUAGAAUUUCAGCUGCAUCUACCCUUCUAUGUCUGCUACACGCCAGAACACCAGAUACUGCAUUAGCUGGUCUUCGUGCUGGUCCGGAUACUUGCGUAAUCAUCUUGGAUGCGGACUGGCGGCCAGGGUUGCAGGACGCCUUGCGAGCAAAGUAUGCUUUUUUUUAA